UCUCUUUCAUCCCGUCACAUGUGUUACACGUGUUUCAGUUUAUUUCUAUGUAUAGCUAUUUUCUAUAUCUUAUUCUCCCAUUCUUCCGUUUCCAGGAUUUCAUAUCACAAUUUUCAGGUUCCUUCUUUGGCUUUUGCCACAACUUGUUUUGCCUCUUUCUUCCACUUCCUGUAUAUCUAGACCAUCGUUCAAACCUUUGUACGCUUUCUCUAUUUCUUUUAUCGCAGUCUGAUCCUCAUCCAUUACCACAUCGCUUCUUUCCAAUAACAGUUUUAUUUUGAUUUGCACAUACUACUACUGCAGGUUCAUGCAACACUUCCCACAUUGUACCUAACAUCUCAUUCCCAGUUUGCUCUUUCCACUUUUUCUUCCUGUAUCGCUAAUUCACAGACACAAAAAUAAAAAUAUUUCGGGUAAGACAAUGCAAGCAGCUUUUAUGCUAAUUUUGUUUCAAUUCAUCAGGUGGCCUACCAGGAAGAAUGAAAGGUAGACUUAGCGAAGCCUGUACGGUUGGUUGUGGUGGAUACGCUAAUGAAUAUGGCGCGGCAAUGGCUGGUGGAUAUGGAGAGGUAGUAAGAAAAAUGACAUUAGCAAGACAAGUAGUGUUCAACAUGGAGUCGGGACAAGAUGCUCAGAAUUCGGUUAAGAACGCAGUGGAAAAAAUGAAGGAGCGCUUACCAAAGAGUGGUAUUGGUUCUGCCAUUGCAAUCGAUCGAAAUGGUAAUAUUGGCAUUCAUAAUACAGCAUCCAUAAUUUGGUCUAAAAAUGUUGGUGGAGAAGAAUGGUGUGGCACAAUGAUAAGGCCAAAAAAACAACAACAGCAAACCUGAAUAGAAGAAAGGCAAUUUUCCAAGAGCCAAUGCAUUUCGUUAUAAAUUUUCAAUUUCUGUAGCAUUAUUUUCAGAGAAAAUCUUUAAAUUUCCACGAAAUUUAUCGAACUUCUUAAAAAACUUGCCAUGUUAAUACUUUUUCAAGAAUAAUUGCACAUUACUAUUAACUAGUCAUACUAAAUUCAAUUGUUUAAUAAAUAACUCUAAUGCACUUACGAUUUUCAAAUUAAAAAAAUAUAACUCAUCUUCACCACAGAAAAAAAUAGCAUUUAGUUGUUCGUGAAUCACGUUGCCUUCUAUUUAGACACAAGUUAAUUCCACAAAGAUUGUAUGUUAAGCUUGCUCUUAGAUAAAGAUCGUCCUUUAAGGAUCAUAUCAAGAAAUGAAUUACAAUGUUUAGCACAUACCA